ACGUAAGUCGUGUAACGGGAUCUGUAUUUGGAUUUUUGUAAGUUCGGACGCGGUUUUCUUGAAUUAAAAAAAUGAAAGCGAAAGUAGCAUUGGCAACUGAGCUAGUAUGGAACAAAUUGCAGCAGUAUUUCGACGGUAAUGGAUCGAAAAUUAAAAUAUACGAUCUCUUUCAGCAAAAUCCUAAACGCUUUGAAAAAUUCAAUCUAGAAAUUCCUACUCCUGAGGAUGGUCCAAUCUUACUUGAUUAUUCCAAAAAUCGUCUUACAGAAGAAGCAUUUCAGUUAUUAUUGGAAUUGGCAAAAGCACGUGAAAUAGAAAAUGCAAGAGAUGCUAUGUUCAAGGGAGAAAAGAUUAAUUUUACUGAAAACAGAGCAGUUUUACAUGUUGCUUUACGUAACAGAAAUAAUAAGCCAAUAUUGGUUGAUAACAAGGAUGUAAUGCCAGAUGUAAAUGCUGUGCUAGAGCACAUGAAACAAUUUACCAAUGAGGUUCUUUCAAAAAAGUGGAAAGGUUUUACUGGUAAACCAAUUGAGGAUGUUGUUAACAUAGGAAUAGGUGGUUCAGAUUUGGGACCAUUGAUGGUGACUGAAGCAUUGAAAGCAUAUCAUAUUGGACCUCGCGUUCAUUUUGUCAGUAACAUAGAUGGAACUCAUAUAGCUGAGACUCUAAAAAAAUUGAAUCCAGAAACAACUCUUUUCAUAGUAGCAUCAAAGACAUUUACCACUCAGGAAACAAUCACAAAUGCUACUUCUGCCAAACUAUGGCUUUUAAAUGCUUUGAAAAACGAUGCAGCUGUUGCAUCUCAUUUUGUUGCAUUAUCUACCAAUACGCAAAAAGUGAAAGAGUUUGGUAUUGAUGAGAAAAACAUGUUUGGAUUUUGGGAUUGGGUUGGAGGACGUUAUUCGUUAUGGUCGGCUAUCGGUUUAUCAAUUUGCUUAGCCAUUGGAUUUGCAAAUUUCGAAAAGUUAUUGAACGGAGCACAUUUUAUGGAUCAGCAUUUUUGUAGUGCUCCAUUGGAAAAAAACGCACCAGUUAUAUUAGCCUUACUUGGUAUAUGGUAUCAUAAUUUCUAUAAGGCUGAAACACAUGCAUUAUUACCUUAUGAUCAAUACUUGCAUAGAUUUGCUGCUUAUUUCCAACAGGGAGAUAUGGAGAGUAAUGGAAAAUAUGUUACACGAGCCGGGACUGUUGUAAAUUAUACCACAGGUCCAAUUGUGUGGGGAGAACCAGGUACUAAUGGACAACAUGCAUUUUAUCAAUUACUGCACCAAGGUACUAGACUUGUACCUGCUGACUUUAUAAUUCCAGUAAAAUCGCAUAAUCAGGUUCAAGGAAUUCUUCAUCAUAAAAUAUUACUUGCGAACUGUUUCGCACAAACCGAAGCUUUAAUGAAAGGUAAAAAUGAGAAUGAAGCUAAAACUGAAUUGCAGAAAGCAGGAAUGAGUCCCGAACAAGUGCAAUUAUUAUUGCCGCAUAAGAUGUUUGAAGGAAAUAGACCAUCUAACACCAUUCUUGUUAAACAAAUAACACCUUUCAUUCUUGGAGCUUUAAUAGCGAUGUACGAGCAUAAAAUCUUUGUACAAGGAAUUAUAUGGGAUAUCAAUUCAUUUGAUCAAUGGGGCGUUGAAUUAGGCAAGCAAUUAGCAAAAGCAAUUGAACCUGAAUUGGAGGGUGAUGGACCAGUUACAACCCAUGAUUCGUCGACAAACGGAUUGAUCUCGUUUGUCAAAGCUCAUCGAAAUUAAAGUAUACAAGUUACUGCUGGGGUACAAUUUAAUAGUUAUAAAUUAUCUCAGUUAUUGAAAUAAAGAUCAUAAAGAAAAUGUUCGUAUUUAUGAAGGUAACUAUUUAAUGUUGCAGUUGGUGAUUGUUCGAUAUGGUCUUUGUUCAUUUCGAUCGUAGUUUAACUAUUAAAUUAGCACAAAUGCAUUGUAAACAAUUAAAUGUCAUAAUAUAUAAUUAUUAUAUGCAA